CCCAUCUAAACAAUUUGAUAUAAACAAUUUUCAAUAAUGUCAAAAAAGGCGAUUUGUUAACGUAAAAUAAAAAGCAUUGCGUGUGUUAGGCUAGUGAGUUCGGAGCCAAGUCCACAAACCGAAUUUAGUCGCUUAUAAUCGCAACAGGUCGUACCAAGGAGCACCGAUCCGGCCACCAACCGCCAAGCCAUUCCAUUCCAUUCGCAUCUUUCGGCGGAACCAUAACGUGUACCAAAAAUAUAGUUAAUUGAAGUUGAGACAAUAUAGUGAAAUGCAUCGGAUCCUGCCCCGCCUCUAGUCGCCCGUUCCGGCUCAGUUGUGCGCGGGCCAGUGGCCCUUCUCCUUCCCCUCCUCCUGCUCCUGCUCCUGACUGCCAACCUGCCUCCACCCUCGACGAAGGACAUUGAUUCUAAAUCGCCGACUCCUGGAGGAUUCGGAGGAGACCUGCGAUGAAGCCAACCCAGGCCAGCGGCGGUAGCAGCACCACCAGCGCCAAAUUGCCCGAACCCAUCGACUACGUGACUCUGAUCAGCGACGACUCCGAUGGUGAGCCACCACCGAAGCGGAUACCUACAGCACCAGCAGCUACUUCAUCGAAGCAUAAAAUCCACGACGACGACUCCAACGAUGCCCCCGCCGCCAGCAGUUCCAAUGCUAACGAUGAACGGCGCACGAGUCGGCGCAACAAGCCCAAAGUGGACUACACCACGAACAAGCCCAGCACGAGCGGCGAGGCGGCAGGCAGCGAAAGGGUCAGUGUGGGACCCACGAGAAGCACCAGCAACCCGCCGGUGGAGAAGCGCGUCCAGGGUCAUGCACAGUCGGAGCCACGCACCCGGAAAUCGGACACUGCUGCUGCUUCUGGGGCAUCUGCGAGCGGGGGUUCGGCCAGCACGGGCACGCGCAGUGCCCCAUCAACCAACGGGGAGUCGUCGCGCAACCGGGACAUGGGCACGCCCACAGUGCUGUCAGGAGAGGAGGGGGCUGUGUUUCAGUCCCGCCUGCCCUAUGGCAAGAUGACGCCCAACGAGGAGGCCUGCUUUCCGGACAUCAGCCGCUCCGGCAUACUGGGCCACCGCGUGUUCCUCAACAUCCGCAACAGCCUGCUCCACAUGUGGGUGGACAAUCCGAAGGUGCAGCUGAGCUUCGAGAGCGCGCUAAAGGCACUGCAGCCGCCCUUUGACAGCGAACCGAACCUGGUGCGGCGCGUCCACUCGUUCCUGGAGCGACAUGGAUUCAUCAAUUUUGGCAUAUUCAAGCGCCUGGUGCCCAUUCCGACCAAGAAGCUGGGCAAGGUGAUUGUCAUUGGUGCGGGUAUCUCUGGACUGGCCGUGGCCCAGCAGCUGCAGCAGUUCGGCAUGGACGUCAUUGUGCUGGAGGCUCGAGAUCGGAUUGGAGGACGCAUUGCCACCUUCCGGAAGAACAGCUACAUAGCGGACCUGGGGGCCAUGGUGGUGACGGGCGUGUACGGCAACCCGAUGACCAUAUUGAGCAAGCAAAUCGGCAUGGAUCUGGUGCCCAUACAUCAGACCUGUCCGCUCUACGGCCCGGACGGCAAGCCAGUGCCAAAGGAGAAGGACGACGUCAUUGAGCUGGAGUUCAACCGCCUGCUGGAGUCGGCCAGCUAUCUGUCCCAUCGCCUCGAUUUCAACUAUGCCGGCAACUGUCCCGUGUCGUUGGGCGAUGCGCUGGAGUGGGUCAUCAGCAUGCAGGAGAUGCAGGCCAUGAACAAGCGGGCGCAGCACAUGCAGGAUAUCGUUGCUGCCCAGAAGAAGAUCAUCGAGCACCGGAAGCGGCUGAAAGCAGUCAAGCUGAAAAUCGAGGCACUAAGGACCGAGCAUGCGGCAAUGGUGAAGAAGCGGUGCCCCAAGGGCGUCGAGAGCGACACGAGCUACGCGAGACAAGAGUACAACAUUCGGCGCACCCAGCUCCAGCUGGACGACACGCUUAAGGAGUUCCGCCAGCUACACGAAGAGGACAUGCAGAUGGCGGCCAAGCUGAACGAGUUGGAGCAAAACAAACCCAGCGAUGUGUACCUCAACACCCGCGAUCGCCUCAUACUAGACUGGCAUUUCGCCAACCUGGAGUUUGCUAAUGCCACACGACUGAACAACCUGUCACUGAAGCACUGGGACCAAGACGAUGACUUUGAGUUCAUUGGCCACCACACGACCGUUCGGAAUGGCUACUCCUGCGUGCCCAUGGCGCUAUCCGAAAACCUGGACAUACGCGUCAACAGCGCCGUCAAGGAGAUCAAGUACGGCCCCAAUGGCAUUGAGAUUGUGACCGAGAACAUGAAGACAAGCAACUCUGUGAUGACAUACAAGGCAGACCUUGCUGUCUGCACACUGACCCUUGGGGUGCUGAAAGUUGCCGUCGCCGAGGAGGAGUCCCAGCAGAAGAACACGGUCAAGUUUAAUCCCCCGCUGCCGGACUGGAAGCGACAGGCGAUACGACGCCUUGGAUUCGGGAAUCUGAACAAGGUUGUUCUCUGCUUCGAUCGCAUUUUCUGGGAUCCCAAUGCCAAUCUCUUCGGCCACGUGGGCAGCACCACGGCUAGUCGCGGGGAAAUGUUUCUCUUUUGGAGUAUCAGUUCGUCGCCAGUGCUGCUGGCUCUGGUCUCUGGUAUGGCCGCCAAUAUUGUGGAGAGUGUCACAGACGACGUCAUCAUUGGGCGAUGCAUGUCAGUGCUGAAGAAUAUUUUCGGCAACACUGCCGUGCCCCAGCCAAAGGAGACGGUGGUCACGCGCUGGCGCAGCGAUCAAUGGGCUCGCGGCUCCUACAGCUACGUCUCCGUGGGCUCCUCCGGGAGUGAUUACGACCUGCUGGCAGCGCCCGUCAUUCCGCCGCCCGCCAGUGGGCACCGCGCGAGCAAUGACUCUGAGGGACUUCCACGUCUGUUCUUUGCCGGCGAGCACACGAUACGCAACUAUCCUGCCACAGUACACGGAGCCUACUUGAGCGGGCUGCGCGAGGCCGGCCGCAUUGCCGACUACUAUCUGGGCUAUCCGGAGGGAACGCCAGCCAACAUUGGCUACUCCGUCGUAGAAGCGGCCAAUGCCGUGUGUGUUGGCAAAGUUGUUACGCUGAACAACUUCUCGCCAAAUCUCUCGGAUUCUCCAACGUCCAAAAGGUCCGAGGAGAACUCAAACUCAAAUACUGCCGAUCCCGAGCCGAUGGAACGCAAUAGUAACAUCAAGUAAGCCAUUUAGUUAAGAACGUGUUUGUAAUAUUGAAUCUGUAAUUGUUUAGUGUGUGUAUUAUUGAAUCGGCUUUUUGCUAUAUGAUAGGAGAAGUUUCAGGCUAAGCUAGACCUAUGUAAAUACCUAAGACUAUUCCAGCACAUUUGGAUAA